UCAAGCUUUUUCAUCUGACUAUACCGGGAAGCUGUUAAGCUGACCGUACCGACAAGUUAAGGCAAAACAGCUGAUGUGAUCAUAACAAUAAUUUUCAUUAUAUUACUUGGAAACUCGAAUCUAAAUAGAGCUGUUAACAGUAGAAAUUAUCAACAGGCAUUUUUGAAAUUUUGCUCUAAUAUCUAAUAUCUGCUAAAAGUAUCCUAGACCUCUCUAUCCGCACCUUAUUUUCAAAAUCAAGUUAUUAUUUUCGUGUUCUAACUGCACGCUAGACGAGAUGGUGAAACAUAGACAGGUUCUAAGUUUACGAUCCUGUUCUCUCCAUGCUGUCCCCAAACUAGUCAAAGAGAAUAUUGUGAGAGCAGCACAUGCUACACAGAGCUCCUGGUACAGAGUCUUUACAGGGGACUUUGAGGUCAGUUCUGAUAAAAUUGUGGACAAUUACAUCAUUAAGUUCAGAGAGUACAUUCUUCAACAUGUGAUCUGGACUGACAGGGAAGAGGUGUUUAAGCUUGUUAUGAAGGGGAUGGAGGAUGGCUUUCUCCAGGUAAGGAAAAGUUGGCGACCUGAUAAAGAUCACACCCAGUACUCUAAAGUACUAGAAGCAGUCUCUAAAUUCACAGAUGUUCUCAAAUGGCCGAAGCUAAAUAAACUAGAUUUUGGCGAUGUUCCGCGGACCAUGAGAUCUAGAAUACUUGAACUUAUUCCACAGUUUCUCAACCUUUCAACACUUAUCAUUGGACCAGGAUCCUCCGGGGGAUGGAUCCCUAUAAAGGGAGCUGCUGCACUACAUUUAUCCUGUAGCAUCAGCGAGCUUAAGCAGCUUCAAAUCUUUUCUCUGAAGAAGGAUUGUACAAUGGACAUUUUAUCAGCAGUAGUUCUAAACUCUGGUACAACACUCAGGGUACUUGAUGUUGAGAACAGUAAGAGGAUUUGCUCUGAUAGUGUUCCUGUUAUACUCCAGUGUUCCCAUCUAGUAGAACUAAAUAUUUACGGAACAAAAAUCAACGAUGAAAGCAAGGCUCGGCUAAUCAUGGGACUCCCAAAACUUAGACAUUUAACUCGGGCAGACUUUCUUUGUGAUGCUCUUGGUUGGAUUGACUACUUGGAGGAAUUGGAGGAUCCAGUGUUUGAUAUUAGAGAGUUCAUGCCUUCACAGUCCUACUACUUUCAUGAAACAUGGCAGCUAGAAAUUGUGUCUCGAAUGUGUCCUAGGAUUGAAAAAAUGUUAUUCAUUCAUCACAGAGAUACGUGCCCAUCCCUACUUCCCAUUUCAGAUUUAAAACACUUGACGGACCUUCAACUGCAUGGAGGUCACUGGACGUCAAGUGAGAUGGACAAACUCAUUCAAGCUGUUGGAGGUCGUCUUCAUAAUCUUGGAUUAAUAUCUGUGAAAGGUUUAGACAUCUUCAGUCUCAAAGCGAUAUUCUCGGUCUGUGACAAUCUUAAUGGGAUAGUUUUCAACAACUGUGACUUCAGUUCUCAGUUUGGUGGGGUUCAUGUUGUAGAGAAGGUUUGUAAACUAAAGGAGCUGGUGCUUACUUCAAAUACAAGGGAGGAAUACACCGCUUGGCUUCUCAGAGCAGGGAUAAAUCUGAAAAUAAUUCAUCUAGGCUGUUCGACUCAUGUCACUGACUCUCUUAUUCUCCAGGCUUUAGAGAAUGGAUGUUUAAAGAAUCUUCAGGAGUUGCAAGUGGAAAGAUCUCCAGAUCUGAGUUUAGUUACAGUCCAUGCUCUGCUCUCUGGGUGUCCAAAUCUUAAAUCUUUAGGUGAUCUGGGGGCCUGGGGUAGGGUGACCGGCGCUGAGCUUGGAGAAAUCAGACAAAUUGUGCAUGCUCAGAACCUAGAUCUAGAUCUUAGCAGCCAUCAGGUUCUCCGGCGGUUCCUUGGACUCCAGCAGGAGGAGAGGCAGAGUAUGCUAAAUCUUUUGACAGGUCCAGUUCUGGAAAGAAUUAGAAUUGCACAAACAGCUGCUAGAAACGAACAAGAAAACUUUCCCGAUGACGAGGAAUAAUGAAAACGAUUCUGAUGACGUGGAAUAGUGAAAAUGAUUCUGAUGACGAGAAAUAGUGAAAAUGAUUCUGAUGACGAGGAAUAGUGAAAAUGAUUCUGAUGACGAUGAAUAGUGAAAACGAUUCUGAUGACAAGGAAUAAGGAAUACGUUCCUGGCGACGAGUAAUAGUUAAAACGUUCCGGACGACGACGAACCGUAAACACGUUUCUAAUGACGAAGAAUCAUGAAAAUGUUCCUGAUAAUGAGGAACCGUUAUUGUUUGUCAACAAUAAAACAAGUUCCUGACUAUCCUAAUAUGUCAUAGUAAAAUGUAAACAAGUGCUAUCCAAUCUGUUUGCUAUAAACCAAACUUAGUAUUGAGGUCGGAGAUGAUGAAAGGCAAGAAGCUAUGGAAACUUAAUUUCUUGGGCGUAUAAAGUGGGGGGGGGGUAGGGGGGAUCAGCCCCCCUGGAUCAGUGAAAUCCAAGGGGUUCGCACUUUUCAGGUCCCAACAUUUGCUGAGACCCCACCCACGUUGAUAAUCAUAAUAAAUAAAAUUUAGAUAUUUGGUUUAAAUGUGUUUUUACUUUGAUCCAAAAUGCUUUUAAUUUGAUCACUUUAACCAGACAGAAGGAGAAGGAUAAAUUUAUGCGAAAUCACUGGUACGACUUUGUGACUUUGUAACUCUUCUAAAGUAUUUUAUGCACAAGUAUAUGAAAAGCAAACUUAUCUGCGGUAAAG